AUGUUUCACUCCGAAGCACUAAAGUGUCAGCCCUACACAGUCGUCAGUCUUGAUCUGGCCCUGACGCCAUCACUCUUUCCUUCAGCUGCUAAUGCGGACACUACCUCCUUCUUCCCUAUGCCGAAGUGUGGUGACUUUGAACUGGAGGAAGCAACCAUUGAUGAAAUGCAAGCAGCCAUGGCCGCCGGUACUUUGACCUCACUGCAGCUGGUCAUAUGCUACAUGCUCCGGAACUAUCAGACGGAGGAGUACGCCAACGCUCUACUGCAGAUAAACCCAGAUGCUCUCGCCACCGCGGCCCAGAUGGACGCCGAGCGCGCCGCAGGCAAAGUGCGUGGGCCUCUGCACGGCAUUCCCUUUACGGUCAAGGACAACAUCGCUACUAAAGACAACAUGGAAACCACAGCUGGUAGCUGGGCGCUCCUCGGAAGCAUCGUGCCGCGGGAUGCAUUUGUAGUCAAGCGCCUCCGCGAGGCGGGUGCCAUAUUGUUUGGCAAGUCGGCACUGAGUGAGUGGGCCGACAUGCGUAGCAACCACUAUUCUGAGGGCUACUCAGCCAGAGGCGGACAGUGCCGAAGCGCGUACAACCUCACGAGGAAUCCGGGCGGUAGCAGCUCGGGUAGUGCGGUUGGUGUCUCGAUUAAUGCUAUUGCCUUUUCACUUGGCACUGAGACUGAUGGUAGUGUCAUUAGUCCUGCCGAGCGUGCUGGUAUUGUCGGAUUCAAACCUACCGUGGGGCUAACCUCCAGAAACGGUGUUGUACCCGAAAGUGAGCACCAGGAUACUGUAGGCACUUUUGCACGGACUGUUCGCGACGCCGUCUAUGCGCUUGAUGGAAUCUAUGGUAUUGACUCCCGUGACAACUAUACCUCAGCUCAGCAGGGCAAGACCCCAAAUGGCGGCUAUGCACAGUAUCUGACUACCAAUUGCGAAAACUUGAAAGGCGCUGCUUUUGGCCUUCCCUGGAAGAGCUUCUGGGUAUAUGCUACGAUCGAAGAGCAGACCCAGCUGCUCGAAGUCGUCUCCAUGAUUCAAGCGGCCGGCGCUACGAUCAUUAACAAUACGGAGAUCCUCGACAACGAGAACAUUAUCAGUAAUACCACAUGGAACUGGGAUUGGGGCACCACCCGUGGUUACCCCAACGAGAGUGAAUACACAGUCAUCAAGGUCGACUUCUACAACAACAUUAAAACCUACCUUUCCGAGCUUGAAAAUACCGAUAUGCGGUCGCUGGAAGACAUCAUUGCCUACAACUACGCCAACGACGGCACGGAGGGUGGCUAUGCAUAUGGCAACCAGUCCGGACACCAAACUGGAAUGGCAGCCUUCAGUUCCGGACAGGAUGGUUUCUUGAAUUCAGCAGCUACCAAGGGUGUCCAGGACGAGACCUACUGGCAGGCUCUGGAGUUCGUCCAGACAUCGACCCGCAACGGAAUCGACUUUGCGCUCAAACACAACGGAACCAAUCUGGCGGGGCUGCUGGUACCAUCUGUAGUCGGACAGACAUACCAGGUUGCGGCGCAAGCCGGCUAUCCUAUGAUCACGCUGCCGGUGGGUAUUCACUCCGGCACUGGCAUGCCGUUUGGGCUUUCCAUUAUGCAGACGGCUUGGGCGGAGGCUGAACUGGUCGCGUGGGGAAGCGCCAUUGAGGAUUUGCAGUUGAAGUCGGGGACGCAGUACAAGAGGACACUGCCUAAAUGGCACAACUAUCUUGCUAGGAACAUCCCAGUAAACUCACGGGGCUAAGUAUGAAGACUUAAGCGUAGCAGUAUGGUUGUUAACUGUGAGCUGAAGUUGAUAUAUCAGAGUCAGAUACACUGUCAUAAUCUUGGCACGCAGCAUGUAUCCUGGCGCUCACAAGUUGGAAAGUCUUCAGUGGCGCUUGAAAUUCACAUGGAAUCCGAUAUAGGCUGAGGCUGGUAAUGGAAGUGGUUAAGCUAUCCCAAUACAGAGAAGUAAAUUUACAUAUCGAA